AUGGGUUCUGGUUGGAUUUCUUGGAUGAUGGCACUAUCAGUGAAUCUGAUCAGGCUGGAUUCCUCUGUGGUUCAAGGCACAGAUCCUCCAGAAAAUUUUGUGAUUCAGGCAAAGGCUGAAUGUUAUUUCACCAAUGGGAUAGAAAAGGUGCAGUUUGUCGUUCGAUUCAUCUUUAACUUAGAGGAGUACGCACACUUUGACAGUGAUUUGGGGAUGUUUGUGGCCUUGACGGAGCUGGGAAGGCCUGAUGUUGAACACUGGAAUAACCGGACAGAUAUAGUGGAAAGGAGCAGAGCUUCUGUGGACUUACUCUGCAGACAUAACUACAGACUUGGUGCAUCCUUCACAGUGGAGAGAAAAGUGCAACCAGAGGUGGUGGUGUACCCAGAGAGGACUCCAUCCCUAAGGCAUCCCAAUUUGCUGCUCUGCUCUGUGACAAAUUUCUACCCAGGAGAUAUCAAGGUCAAGUGGUUCCGGAAUGAGCAAGAGGAGAAAGCUAGGAUCAUUUCAACUGGCCUUAUCAGGAAUGGAGAUUGGACUUUUCAGACUAUGGUGAUGCUGGAAAUGACUCCUGAACUUGGAGAUGUCUACAUCUGCCUUGUUGACCACCCCAGCCUGCUGAGCCCUAUUUCUGUGGAGUGGAGGGUUCAGUCUGAAUAUUCUUGGAGGAAGAUGCUAAGUGGAGUUGGAACCUUUCUGUUUGGGAUCAUUUUCCUUCUGGUGGCGAUUAUUAUCCACUUCAGGGCUCAGAAAGGAAAUGUGGAGACGCAGAUGUCUAAUGAUGAGGUCUCAAGAGGUGCUCUCCCAUCACAGCCAUACUAA